CACCCCUAUUCGUUGGUAUAAUGAUCCAACAGGCAGCACAUGUUGAGCCAUACUCCGUCGGGGAACCGCUUUGGUCGGUCAGAUAAUUUACGUGUUCAUUCGGUGACCAUGGGGCACGCUAUUUUAUUGACGAUACUUUUGCAUUUCGUUGUCCUCGCCGACUUCGUAAACUCGUCUCCCAGAAGAUCAGUCGAAAAAGGACAAGCUGAGGCUAGAUUGAGUGGUUCUGGUCCUCAACACGACUCGAGCCAAGACCAGGUUACCGAGGAAAUGGAUAGUAUCAAACAUAUUACUGGUUCUCUACGGACAAAAUCAUACUUGGAUGAAAAAAGAACUUUAAAUGUGGAUAAUACUACAGAUUCAACAAAAAGUACUAGUGUUAACAAAACAGAAGAUUACACACCAAUUGUGACUUUAAUUGAUUUAGACGUGAACAACGACACCAAUCUCAACUCAACAGAAUCGGAAUUGGCAUAUAAUGAUUCUAUUGGAAAACGAACAAAACCAGGUGUUAUCGUACCUGCUCAUACGAAUCCCCUAACUGCGGCGGACUUGAUGAAACUCCAAGAACAGGAGCACAUCGAGAAUAUAAAGCGCCGCGUUCUGGAAAAACUACGACUUGACGCCCCUCCUAAACUUCACGGUCCACGACCCGCGUUGCCCUUCAAAUACCUACACCACCAGUACAUGAGUGAUGGAUUGGACACGAGAAGGAGGCAACGGACACACCCGAACUUUUACUCCCGGAAAAAACAAGUUCUCGUUAUGGGGUCGGACGUAACGUCCGAAUGCAUGAACAAGAAAGGCACAGGAUGUUAUCACUUUGACGUGGAGGGAAAGGUGAAUCCCAAGGACGUAUUUUCAGCCGAGAUUUGGAUCUACAAGCUUUUCCAUCAUCAGGACCCCCAUAUCCAAACAUUUAUCAUGUCAGAACUGAAACAGGACCAAAAGGGCAGGCGCCGCCCCAAAAACAUGGUCAACAGACUUGAGACACGUAUCAAAUACGGCUGGCUGAAGAUAGGGGUGAAAAAGUCGGUCAUACGCUGGCUUCAGAAGCCACGUCAAAAUGAUGGCAUCUCCAUUCUUUGUAGAAGCUGUAUACGAAAAAAUCCAAGGACAAUAUAUAGUUUUAAAAAUGACACGAGGCCCUUCUUGGUGAUAACAACUAAGAAAGGAAACCAUUUCCGGCAUGGACGAAGCACACCAAGAGAGUGUACAGAGAGUUCCACGGAGUGCUGUAUGAAGCCCCUCACCAUCAACUUCCAAGAUAUCGGCUGGGACAGCAUUGUAAGCCCGGUUUCGUUCCAGGCCAACUACUGUUACGGCUCAUGCGAAGCUCAACAUCAAGCCCACUACAACCACACCCAGAUGAUACAGGAUCAUCGGUGGAACCAGAACGAAUGGAAUAUGAUGAGGCAGCUGACCCCAUGCUGUGCCCCGAUCUCAUAUAGCUCGCUGUCCAUCAUGUAUGUCGACAACAAUGACUUACAGGUUCACUUCGUCCCCAAUCUGGUGGCCACAGCAUGUGGCUGUGUGUAAAUGACAUCAAUGAGUGGUGGACAUGGUGUUUUGUUAAAUUUAGUCGUCCCAUCAUGUAGUGGCCUCGGUAUGUAGUGGCCCUCGUGUGGCGGUGUGUCCUGUACAGAGUGUGUUGCUGAAUGUAGUAGCCUAAGUGUGGCGGUGUGCCGUGUACAUCGUAUGUUGCUGAAUGUAUUGGUUUCGGUGUGACUGUGUAAACUGGACAUGCUUAGUUCCUGUAUGUAGUGGCCCCAGUGUAGAUGUGUGUCCUGUACACGGUGUGUUGUUGUAUGUAGUGGCCCCAGUGUAGAUGUGUGUCCUGUACACGGUGUGUUGUAUGUAGUGGCCCCAGUGUAGAUGUGUGUCCUGUACACGGUGUGUUGUUGUAUGUAGUGGCCCCAGUGUAGAUGUGUGUCCUGUACACGGUGUGUUGCUGUAUGUAGUGGCCCCAGUGUAGAUGUGUGUCCUGUACACGGUGUGUUGCUGUAUGUAGUGGCCCCAGUGUAGAUGUGUGUCCUGUACACGGUGUGUUGUUGUAUGUAGUGGCCCCAGUGUAGAUGUGUGUCCUGUACACGGUGUGUUGUUGUAUGUAGUGGCCCCAGUGUAGAUGUGUGUCCUGUACACGGUGUGUUGCUGUAUGUAGUGGCCCCAGUGUAGAUGUGUGUCCUGUAUACGGUAUGUUGCUGAAUAUGGUGACUUCAAAGUGUUUGUGUGUCUUGUACACGGUGUGUUGCUGUAUGUAGCGGCUUGAAAGUGUCUGUGUGUCUUGUACACGGUGUGUUGCUGUAUGUAGCGGCUUGAAAGUGGCUGUGUGUCUUGUAUACGGUGUGUUGCUGUAUGUAGCGGCUUGAAAGUGUUUGUGUGUCUUCUAUACAGUGUGUUGCUGAAUAUAGCGGCUUCAGUGUUGCUGUGUUCUGAGCUUGGUUUUGUUUAUGUAUGUAGCGGCCUCAGUGUGAAUGUUCUAGGCGCGGUUUGUCCCUGUAUGCAGUGGGCUCAGUGUGGCUGUGCGUUGUGGACACUGUAUAUUCCUGUAUGUAAUGGCCUCAGUGUGGCUGUGAGUUGUGGACCGCCGUUUGUGGCAGUGUUCGUGUCCAUGACAGUGUAUGUGACUUCGGCGUGUGAUUAUGUAUGACCACUAUAUGGAUGUGUGUAGCGAUCUCUGUUUUUAGUAGGUUUUGUGAAGGUGAAUGUGAUGUUUGAAGACAAAGGUUUAUGUGUAAAGGCAUAUACUUACACUCGUGUCUGUAAGAGACCAUUGCAUAUUUCAGUAAAACGAGUUUUAUUAUUUUCACCAUGAAGAUUUUUACGCGGAUAUACGCGUGACGCCACCGUCGAGGCGGGAUUUCCCCACACCCAUUUUUAUACGGUUACUUGUUGCUAUGAUAAACAGCUCGAUUGGACGUUUGUAUUCUUUCGGAGCAAUGCUACAACUACAUUCCUACAGUGUUUGAUAUCAAUAGGGCAAUGAGACUUUACUUUGUAUGGUCCGGCGCUGGAGUCCCUGUAAGGAUUUCAACAAAGUAGGGUCACUAGCGAGACACUAUGCUAGCAUUAUAAGGUGCGUUUAGAUAAAUAACCUUGACCCAUUUCUGAAAAACCCAAGACCUAAGGUAAUAUUCUUACUUACAUUAUACUAAGAUUUAAGUUUAUUUAUUCAAUAAUUGGUUUUAACCUUUCAAAUUACUGUGCCUAAAUAGUUCAAAGCAUCUAAGCAAAUUUUGUAUAUCAAAGACGACAGGCCAUGACCCGAGCAUGUUAGAUUAAUUUGCUCUGCAGCUUUGGGAUUAAACAUUAUUGGCUUUUUCAAAACAAUUAAAUAACGCACACAUUUUGUUAAUAGCAAACUUGUAAAUAGGGUUGUCGAUGUUACAACUAUCAUUGGUCUGAAUUGACCAGGGUUUACUUUAUUAAACAUUUCAGAUCAAUAGACAUUGUUUAAAUAUUUCUUAUAUUGAAGACAUAGAAUAGAAUGUGACACAUGAAAAACCCGCGUGAACGAUACAGGUCAAUUGGGACUCUUGUAUAAACGGUUCGUGUAAUUGAAUCACGCGGGAAAAUAUUGUAGAUAACGUAGGCCACCAUAUAACUGUUGAUUAGGAUAAAGAUUGACGAUUAAAUGGCUAUUGUAUUAAUUCAUUGAUGUUUCAGAUGUCAAAAACACAUGCACGAUAUUAGCAGCUUUCAAUACGAGUUAGAUACAGAAGAUACAAAAAUGUAUUAAACGCCAACAUACAGCUGUUUCGUUUUUCUAGGAAAUAUCAGUGAUGCUUAGGACAUCAGUUAUUGAUACAAUGUAAUUGAUUGAUAAAAAAGAAUGACGUAAUUGACGAGUUAUUUCACAUAAAUUUAUGUAAUACAGUAAACUAUUUCGUGAAAUAAUUACAUGUACAUGUACAUGAACAUAACAUCGAGAUUGGGCACAUCUGUGUACAUGAAGUUAAAAGUAGACUUGUAUUAGUGUAGAGUAAGAUAUCAAUGCAUUGUCGUUAUAUCAUAUCUGUCAAGGAAAAAUGGCGAUCUCCAGUUUGUAAUCCAGUAACCGACAAAGUUUUAACGAUAAAACACACAUCUGACAAAAUCUCCAGUUUUAGACUAAAAUUUUGCAAUGGAGAUUGAGCAGGACACUUGACAGGUAUGAAUACAUGUUUUGUAACUUACCUUCUUAAUUGUAAUCAGUCGAUUUUGUGACGUCGUAUCUAAAAUAAAAAGGCGCAUUUUUUAAAUUUGGUUUUGUUUUAUGAUGACAAUAACGUCGUGUCUGCUUCCAUUAGAAAUCUUACCUCAUUAAUUCGUGAAGUUGAAGAAAUCUUAAUCAAAGAUUUCAAUAUUUACGUUUUUACAAGCACAAUCAAUGCAUACAUGUUAUCUCUAUAUGUAGCUUGAAUCAUAUCAUGUAACUAUCAAUGCAAUUUGUUCAAUAAACCAUAUCGUGUCUGAUA